ACUGGUAACACUUAUAGCAAACGGUUGGGUCCGUCGGUGCAGUGAUGAAGAUUGUUGUAGUAAUUUGUGCGGUGGCAGUUGCCGUGGUCAGUGCAAACAAUGUAGAAAGCAAGCGGUUCGACCGACGCAUGCUGCCGGAAGGUGCACAGCAGAUCGACGACCGUCAGGUGGCAGGUGUCGGUUCGCUGAAGAAGAUCGUCGGCGGAACGUCGGUAAGUAUCGAGACGCACUCGUACCAGUUGUCGCUGCGCAAUUACGACUACCACAUCUGCGGUGCAUCGAUCAUAUCGAGCGUCUGGUCGCUGACUGCUGCCCAUUGCCUGUACCCCAAUCCGGAUCCCAAAACAAUCUCGCUACGAGCUGGAGCCAGCAAUCAGUCGAUUGGUGGCCGUAUCUACAAUGCAUCCCAAAUCAUCAUUCACCCGAUGUACAACCCGAGCACGAUGGACAACGACGUGGCCGUGAUUCGUGUGGAUUCUUACUUCAUUGGACCUAACAUGGGCUUUAUUGGAUUGGUCCCGCUGGGCUAUGAGCCAAUGGCUGGAGUUCGCGCUAUCGUUACCGGAUGGGGUCGUCAGAGCGAUGAGGCGAAGCAGUCGACGACACUGGCCGGAGUGGAAAUUCCCAUCGUAGAUAAGGAGGAGUGCAUGGAACAGUGGAGCGGCGUUCAGGUGACACCACAAAUGAUCUGUGCCGGAGAGUUUGGCAAGGACUCGUGUAACGGUGAUAGUGGCGGUCCGCUUGUUUCCGGUGGCCGUCAGAUCGGAAUCGUGUCGUGGGGAUCGACUAAAUGUGGUGGCCCGCUAGCUGCUAUCUACACCAACCUGGGCAACGCGGCCAUUCGCACCUUUAUCAGCUCGACGACGGGCAUCUGAGAUUGAUGAUGGUGUGUGUAUGAACGAAACGAGCAAAAUAAAUGUGUCGCCGCAUUGAAUAACCAUUAUCAGUGGUUGAUGCACAAAC